AUGUCAACAUCAACAUCAACUUCUGAUCCACCCUCAGUGUCUGCAAGUCUUGCCCUCAACAAGAACCUUACUGCCCCACAGCAGACAGACCUUGACACAAUACUUUCCUGUAUCAAGCAUCACUUCUGUUUCUUACUGGCAACCAACUGGCUGUUCCCCAACAAAACAGAAAGGAAUCGCCUCCUCAAUCUUGCAGCUAGACAUGUGGUGUUCAAUUUCCCUCCGAAUGACCAUAAGCUUGUACAAGGGACUCAUCUUCUACAAAUCAGCAAGGACAAGCCAUCUGCUUUUCAUGACAUAAUCAAGACUUUUACCAGGAAGUGCAUUGACAAAGAGUAUGGGUUCCUCCCUGAUCCUUGUGAAGGCAAUGUGGACCUUGCAACCCACCUCCUGGAUGUGACCAACUUCUACUUUCAGGAAUGGGAAGAUCCCGGUGCUGUGUACAGGGAUGUUGAUUGGGAAUCAUCAUGGGAAGGGCUGACUGAAGACCAGCAUAAUCAGUUACUCCCUCAACUGAUUUGGUUUGCAGCAAUGGUGGUUGAACAUAUACUCAACCUCCAUGCCAGGGGGCACCACAAUUUCAGUGCAACAAUUUACCAUGAAGUCUAUGACACCCACAUGAAUGAGUACUUUGAUUGGCUUAAUGAGCAACACAAUGCUCAGGCAUUGUGGAAAAACAUAUGUGCAGUAUAUCAACAUUUACGAGUUGCCCCUGCUUAUAAAACCUUUCAAACCUCUCGUCCUGUCCGAUAUGAUACCGAUGACAUGUAA